AUGCAGUAUGUUCGAAGUCUAGGGAACGGUGUCUCCAAGACGUGGAAUUCCAUCAACCCGGCAACCUUGUCCGGAGCCAUCGAUGUUAUUGUGAUUGAACAACCCGAUGGCUCUCUGGCCUGUUCCCCUUUCCAUGUCCGUUUUGGCAAGUUUUCUCUGCUGCGACCCUCGGAUAAGAAGGUUGAAUUUAAAGUCAAUGGGGUCACGCAGCCUUACGCCAUGAAACUUGGGGAUGGAGGCGAAGCUUUCUUUGUCUUCGAGACAACGGAUGAAAUCCCCGAGGGGUUGCAGACAUCUCCUUUAGUUUCUCCCGCCAGCAGUCCGCCUAUAAAUGCUGCGGACAGACCUCCCUCACCUGGUCUCUCUGAACCUUCCUACUUGGAUAUCACAGAGGCGGCGAAGGGUCGUAAUACUCCUCCCAUUUCAUCUUCCGCUCCUGUUCCCAUAAUAAAACGAGAAGGAACGAACGUCAGCGAAGAAAUCGAUCUGGGCACCGUUCACACCGAUCCAACUGGAACACCUUUAUCCGAUACGACUCUGACCGCUCCUGCUUCAUUGGGGCGCGCGGCAUCAGAAGAAAUUCUCCCCUUUGCUACACGACAGCGACUGGAUUCGGUGAGCGGAGCUUUUCACAACAACGGCAUACCUCCUUCGCCCAAAUUUGGUCCGGAUGGGACUACUACGCCAAAAGCAUCCGCAAGUCCUCCUGCUUUGAAACCAAAACAAGCAUAUGACCGAGCAAUGACCCUCUCCAAGAAGCUAUCUUCUUCCAAUAUUCGAUCUCAGGUCACCGAGUCCGGAGAUCUUAUGCUUGACAUGACGGGUUAUAAGACGAGUGAGCCGGAAGCUUUGCGAGCAGAGGCCGUGGCUCGGAAAAUCCUCUCCGAGGAACUGGAGGGAAAUUAUGAUAUUGGCUCCUUAAUCGGAACCGAUGAGCACGGAAAUCUGUGGAUAUACAGUAGCGAGGAAGCUCGAGAUGCCGCUGCUCGAAAAUGGGCAUCUCAGAGCCUUGAAACAACGACCGCGCUUUCGUCGGAUAACAUCUCUGAUCCCGGCUAUCACAGUGACAGCGACCGUAGCACCUCGCCGCAGCUUACAGCGAAAAAUGUUGGUCAUCAACGGGCACAGUCUGAAGAGAUUCCGCCGCCUCGCACGUCGGGAGAGCAGGCUCGAAAUUUCGCGAAGACGCUCCGGCUGACGAGCGAUCAACUCAAAUCGCUCAACCUCAAACGAGGCGAGAAUCAAAUGUCAUUCACCGUUAAUCGCGCCACAUGUAUAGCUUACAUGUUUUACUGGACGUGUGACGUUCCAAUUGUUAUAUCGGACAUUGAUGGUACAAUCACCAAAUCGGAUGCUUUGGGUCAUCUACUCAAUAUGGUUGGGCGCGACUGGACGCACGUUGGGGUUGCAAAAUUAUACUCGGACAUUGUUGCCAAUGGCUACAAUAUCUUUUAUCUGACGAGUCGCUCUGUUGGACAAGCCGACACAACCCGGACCUAUCUUAGUGGCAUUACACAAGAAGGUUGGAAACUCCCUCGAGGCCCAGUUAUCAUGAGCCCCGAUCGUACGAUCGCGGCAUUGCGGCGAGAGAUCUACCUGCGGAAACCGGAAGUUUUCAAAAUGGCCUGUCUGAGAGAUAUCCUCAACUUGUUCCCUGGGAAGACAAACCCAUUCUACGCCGGAUUUGGCAACCGCUUCACUGAUGCGCUGAGUUACCGCAGCGUCAACAUUCCGUCGACACGGAUCUUCACGAUCAACACGAAUGCAGAAGUGUCACUCGAUUUGCUGACGCUGAACAAGUACCGCAGCAGCUAUGUGUCGAUGCGUGAAUUAGUUGACCAUUUCUUCCCACCCGUAUCGACGCUGGUCAGGGAGGGAGGAGAGGAAUAUACUGACUUUGCGUACUGGCGAGAUACGCCGCAGGACCUGGAAGAUUUCACGCCGACUGACUCAGAAGAGGAGGAAGAGGAGGAAGAAGACUUGGAAGAUGAAGAGGACGAAGCAGAGGUUGCAUCUGACAACGAGAUGGGCGACAGCUUCAUCUCGCGAGAGAGCAUGGAUGACUCUGCGCUGAGCGAAUCAGUCCGAGAGUCGAUUGAAAUAGACGACGCAGCUGACAUGCUCGAUUCUUCAAGGAUCGGCACAGGAGACCGACAUGGCGAGCAGGACUUUACCGACGAUUAUCUGGGAGAUAUUCCAGAACGGUCGACCAGGCUAAACACCGUGUAG